ACUCCUUCAUUCCUGCGCUCUUGGCCCCAAGAAGCAGGGAACAAGGACGCUAAUUUCGCGUGUAUUGGAAAGAUUAACCUAGAGAUUGGUAAAGUUUGCAAGAAAUUCCAUUGUUGAACUACAGAUUGCAUCUACGCCUUAAAGUGUACACUGACGAACAGGCUUUGAAGCCAUCGCAGUAGCCAUGUCGUACCAAAAUGAGGACACGAGGCAGAGUUUCUUGACCUUGGAAAAAAGCUACAACGAUGUUGUUGAGUCAAAGAAGGAAGUUUUUGAAGAUCUGCAAAGACUUGAGACAAGGUACUACGAGGUGUGCGACGAGAGAGAUACCAAAAUCAAGGAACUAGAGUCUGUGAAGAAAACCUGGCAGCUACAAUCUGUCAAAUUUGAGUCUCAGAUCGCCCACCAGACUAAGUUGAUCGAUGAAAAGGAGAGUAAGAUCAUUGAAUUGAACGACAAACUGAAGAAAUCUCAUGACGAGUGCAAUAACAAAGAGAUCGAAGCGAGAACCAACCACAAGAGGGCAGUGUAUUCUGAGGGGGAGCUUGCCAAACUCACAGUCCUUCUAGAAAAACGAGACGCAACCAUCGAGGUCUUGGAAAAUAAGGUCAGCCACGUUCAGCAAGAGCUCAAUGUAUACAUCACUAUGGAGGCAAAACUUAGAGCAGAAAAAGAAAGUCUUCAAAGCGAGCUAACUUCAUCAGUCACAGCUUCAGAUAAGUUUCAAGCCGAUCUAAAGAUGGCCAAUAGAGAGAUUGAUAGGUUAAGUGCAAAAGUUUCUGAUUACGAGCAUGAACUGCGCAGGAACAAGGAUCGAUAUGAGAAGCUUCAAAACAACAAGGACAGUCUUCACUACAGUGAAUCCAAGAUGAAGACCAAGUGCAACGAGCUAGAACAAGAGCAUAUUCGCAUGAGAAAUAGAAUCAUCGAACUGGAAAAAGAUCUUGAGCUUGCUAAAAAUACGCCAACAGAAAAGUCCUAUGAAGUCAUCUCAGUGGAUAAUGUCCAGAACGUGGAAGCAGGGCCGGCUUCUGGUGACUUGUUUGCAGUCGACUCAGAGGAACUUGAGCGUGCCAAUCACAAAAUUAAGGAGCUUGAAGAUCUCCUUCAUCAUCACGAAGUAGAGAACAGCGACUUGCAAGUCAAACUCGGGAAUUCUAAAGGUCAGAUCACUAAGCUGGAAUGUGAGCUGGAGAACGCUCUUCGUCACAGAAGCAUUGGAGCUGCCGAACUGGAAGGUGAAAAGGGCAAGUUAUCAAGGCUUCAGAGUGAAAUUAAGCGUCUCACCACCCAAUUGGAAAACUCAGAGAAAGAUGUUGAAAACCUAAAGAAAGAUCUGGCGAAGAAAGACAAACUCAUUGACGACUUAAGAGCAAAGUCAGCCAACUAUGACAAGAUAAUUUCAGAUCGGGAGGAGGAAGUCUUUACCUUGAAUGGUAAAUAUGAGUAUUUGAUUUUAGAGAAAGAAAAGCUUCAAGAGGAAAAUCGAGAUCUCCUGAAGAGGCUGGGUGACCUUGAAGCCGAUAUCAAACUCAGUCAAGACGACACUGAAAACGUCAGUAUUGAAGCGAGAGGCCUGCAUCGAAGAAUAUCCGAACUAGAGGCCAAGCUGUCCGAGUCAGAGAAAGAUCGACGGCAUCUUGAAGAUGAAAACGCUACGUUAUUGCAGCGCAUCGAUAAGCUCAAGGAUGAACUGCUUAAGGUUAAUCAAGAAAAAAGCGUUUUCGAAAGCCAAUCUGCAGACUUGUCAAGUAAAGGCAACCGACACCGUGAUGACGCUGUUAUGUCAAAGAAAGAGCUAAUGGAGCUGCGAGGGGAGGUUGAUGGCCUGCGGAAGGAGUUGACGUCUAAAGAUGCUACUAUCAAGCGUCUAAGAGACGAGGUUUCCGACCUUAACGAGGAUCUUUACGAAACAAAAAAAGACCUCGAAGAUUCCAACUCAAGGUUCAAGACGGUAGAAGAAGAUAUCAAGAGACUUGAACACAGCGUAGAAUUGAAAAAUGCUGAAAUCGAUCGUUUGAAUGGCAUACUAGACCGCACCACCAAAGAACGAAACGAUGCAGAAAUUCAGCUGGCUGGUCUCCUUGAAAAAUUCAAGUCACUUAAUACUGGAACCGGCAAAACCGUUUCUGUACGACCAUCGUUUGACCUGAAUGUUACAAAGGUUCAAGAUCUUGAAGGACAGUUGUCCUCUCUAAGGCAAAAGGUGUAUUCGUUGGAAAGAGAGAACGACAGCCAAAAACAAACUAUCAACUUCUUGAAGAAUGAGAUGCUUGACAAGGAUGAUAGAAUUGCGCAUCUGCAACGUGAACUCGACAGCCGUGGAAUCCAUGACGAUGAAGCUGAAAAACUUCUCGCUGAUUACAAGAAAAAGUGUAUGGUUUUGGAGAGGGAAUUGAGAGAGUUGUCAGGAAAGAAAGAAGUAAUGGAAGAAGAAUUGACAAGUCUUCGCCCCGCUGUAGGAAAACUGGAAGCUAAAGGAGAAGCUCUGACUUUGAAAAAGGACACUCUAUCAUCGCAGCUGCAGGAAGCAAACGAUAGACUUCGCCUGGCAAAGGAYGACCUCCACAACGCCGAGAUGGAACUGAUGGAAGAGCGCAAAGCAAACACGUCUCUUGGKAAGAUGGUGAAGAAACACGAACUGACAAUCGAUGAUCUUAAAGGAAAYUUAAAYAARUGUGAAGCUGAACUUGAAAGAGUUUCAAGAAAACUUUCAGAAAGCACUUUUGCAAAUGACAGCCUGAGAGCAAAGAAUCAAGAGCAAGAGAGAAUCAUUGCUGACUUAAAAGCAAGACAAGCCGACCUGGAGCGUGAGAUUGGAGAUCUUCGGGAUCAUCGUGAAGUCAUUGAAYGUGACCUAAGCUCGAUGUCAUACAAACUAAGUAACCUUAAUACCAAGGUUGGAUCGAUUGAAAAAGAUAAAACCUACUAUCAAAGUGAUAGCGAGGCAUCUCAAGCAAAACUUCGUAGACUGAAAAACGACCUCAUCCAGGCUAACAACCAGGUCAGAGAGAAGGACCGCAUGAUAGAUGAUCUCAAUAGUAAACUCAAAGAGAUAGAGUCAAACUACACUACGUUGAAGAGGAAGAACAAAAGCUAUGAAGACGAGAUUAAUUCUGUUCGCAAAGAAUUGGAAGCCGAAAAGCAUGCCAACGAUGUCAAUAGAGAAAAAAUAAACGAGCUUCUGGCACAAUUGGAGGCUUCUGUGAAUAUUCCUGCACCAGUGAACGUUGCUGUUGUAGAAUCGGCACCAAUGAUGUUCCAGGAACCACUCCAAUCGGAACCAGACGGAAGGUUAGAUGAACUAGAGACACUGUACCAAUCAAGCAAGGAACGUGAAAGCAGUCUAAGGCACGAGGUUGAGCAGAGAAGCAACAAGGUAUCGCAGCUAGAAAUUGAAAAGAGGAAGUCCAAUGARCGCUGCUCCGAAAUGGAACAUGAGCUCGCAAUGCUUCAAAGAAAGUACCACGACCUUGAACAAAGUCUUCACCGUGCGCAGCGCGAGAGAGAUGACUUUAAGAAAGAUGCCAUCGAGGCCACCAACAAAUGGUCCUUUUAUGAGCAAAAAGCUGAAAAUGAAGAAUCAGAGAGACGAUCAUUGCAAAAGCAAUAUGACGAUGCAAUGAACAAACUACGCGCAAGUCAAGAAGAGAUAUUGAAAGCAGAAGAGAAUAUUGUAGAGCAUCGCCUUGCAGUUCAAGGUUUAACCACUGACAAGCAUUACAGAGAAGAGCAUCUUGARAAACUCAGAGAUUCCUUGAAAUUCCUUGAAGACCAGCUUCAUUCUCUAAAUGACAGCCUCAGUUUUCAGCGAGAAGAAAACGAGAAACUUAAAGAUGAGCGUAACAGCCUUCUGGAGAGCAACCUUACCAAGGAAAACACCAUAAACAGACUCAAGGCUGAUAAUCAAGUACUCAGUAAGGAGAGGGAUCGAUUAAAUGAAGAUAUCAAGGAUGCUAUGGAAAGGCUUAAGGAACUCGAAGACAGGCUUGCUGAAGGGAAGAAACGCUUAGAACAGUCGGAUGAUGAAAUUGAAGAGCAGAACACCGAGAUCCAGAACCUCAAAGACGAAUUGACGAUGGGUCAGAGGAAGUAUAAAGAACUAGAGGACAAAAUACAGACUUUAAUAGAUGAUUCAGAAAAAGAUGAAAAAUACAUGGAUGAACUUCGAGAAUCAAAGAGAGGACUUGAAGAAACCAUUGCAGAUCUUAGGAGACAACUUGCUGACCAAAGUAAUCAAGUUACAGUAAUUCAGCCAACUGAAGUCCAACACGUUCAGGCAGUGGUUGAAUCUUCACCUAUGAUGGACUUCGGCGAUAGCGAUGAAAUCAAACGUCUUCAAGAUGAAAACGUAGGAUUAAAGAAACGUAUCAGAGAAGGGGAGUCAGUGAUUGAUAAAAACAACAGGCUCAAUGAGCUCAUCACUGAAGGAGAAGGAAAACURYCAAGGAUGGAAACUAAACUGAAGUACAGCGAAACCAAAAAUGAGGAGUUAAGGAAGGAACUUGAUGCACUCAAAAAAGAGGCAAAGCCUAUGAUGGAAAAAUACGACUCUACUCUAAGAGAUAACGAGCAAAUGAAAGAUGACUUGGAUAACAUGCAAAGCAACCUGGGAAAUAUAGAGAUACAACUAGACCAAGAAAAGUCACUGCGAAACGAUCUGAGAAGACAGCUUGACGAGAGGACUGCUCAAUUAAAUGACAGGGAAGAUGAAUUAGUAGCCUUAAAGAAGCGCCUUCAUGAAUUAGAAGUUCUGCUGAAUUCCUCUAACGAUUCCAUUGCUAAAGAUAACCUUGUUGAAAUGUUGCGAAACGAAAACGAUGUACAGAAGAAUGACAUUGCAAAACUGAGGAGAGAUAUAUUGGGGCUGCAAAGGCAACUCACUGACCUUCACAACAAGAAAGAGGCAAUCGACAAGAGUCUUUUCAAAUCAAAAGAAUACAGUGCCAAUCUUGAAAUUGAAAAUGAGAAGCUGAAGCAAAGAAUUGAAAGCGAUAGAGCAAGCCUUAAAGAAGCAGAUGACAGAAUCUCUGAAUUGGAAAAACUUCUUAAGGACAUCAAGAAAGAAAAGGCAAAUUUGAAGUCAGAUUUGAAUGAUGCCAAUAGCACGAUCAAAAAGGAAAAAACCGAGAUAACAUCACUCAAGAAAAGAAAUGUUGAAUUGCAAGAGAUCAUCGAUAGUUUGAAAGGAAACACUGUGGAGGUCCUAUCCAAUGCACCAUCAAGCAAUCAGUACGAGCUCGAUAAACUAAAGACCAAAGUUGACAAGUAUAGAACCGAUCUGCAAAAAAGUCAAGAGGAAGUAUCGAGACUUCAACUUCUGUUAAGAGACAAAGAAACCAAGAUAAAUGCUUUUGACAAUUCAGACGCUUUGCUGAAGGAAAAUGACCGCCUGAAAAAUGCACUGAAAAAUCAGAAAUCCGAAACAGAUGAAUACAGAACCAAUUACUCUAACUCCCAAAAGGAGAUAGAGAGACUUCAACUAAAGAUGGUUUCCCUKAAUCAAUCUAACAGUCAGUUAGAAGCUAAAAUAGAAGGUCUUGAGGACGAAAAAUCGAAGUUCAGGAAACAGCAGACAGAUACUACUAAAGAGAUUUCAUCGUUAAAGAUCCAAAUUGACGCGCUGAAGCACGAGAAGUCUCGACUGAAGAAUGAAUUAACUAUCCUCUCCAAGAAGUACGAAAAUGUGUCAGUGCAAUUAGCGUCUUUGCAGUCGCAGAGGGUAAGCAAAGGAAAAGAAGUAGUUAACCUCAAAAAGAUGAAUGAGCUUGAAUCCAAGUAUCAAGCUGCCUUACGCGAGAAGGAAGAUGCCAAAAACGAGACUUUUGCGCACCGUAAAAACCAUGCAAGAGCAGAAACUGCUCUUUCUGAGCAAAUGAAAACAAGGGAGGCCUUAGAACAUGAGAUAAGCUGCCGCGAUAACAGGAUCAUUGAGCUAGAAAACAUCUUGAAGCAAACACAAGACGGACAUAGAGCAGACAAAGCGGAAAUGAUAGAAUGGAGAAAGAAAGUACAAGGUCUUCAACAAGAUGUCCAGAAUCUUGAACACAAGAAUGACCGUCUUUUGAAACAGAAAGAAAGCCUUGAAAAAACCAUCGAAGAUCUAAAUGAAGAACUUCGUGAAGCGGAAAGAAGGUUAGAAUCAAUUGAAGCAUCCAUGAAUGAAACUGACGAUGAAACCGAUGGUGGGUAUUCUGAUCAUGUGAAAGCUCAAACACAAAUAUCUGAGUUGGAAGCGCGUCUUAAGAGAGCAACCGAGUCUAUGAAGAAAGCAACCAAAGACGCUCAAGUGUACAAAAGCCAGCUGUGGGACUUGCAAGACGAUGUAGCAAGAUUUAAAAAUGAAAUUGACCAUCAGCGUACGUUAAAGGAUGAGACAAAUAAGAUGAACGACAAACUGAAAGAAGAGUUGGCCAAAUUGAAGAAAGAUACAUGGGAAGCACAGCAGAAUUAUAAUAACGUCAUAAUGGAAUCUACAGAGCACAAAUACAACAAAGAYCUGUUGGAGACUGAAAAGGGUGACUUGGACAGGCAAAUUCGACGUUUACGUGACGAAGUCGCAGACAAUGUCUCUCAAAAGGAAGUGAUAGCAAGUGAAAGAAAUGACCUGCGAUUUCAGGUACAGCGACUGCAGGUUGAACUAACUCAAGCCAAUAUGGAAGCCACUGAAGCAAGAGAACAACUAGAGCAACUCGAAGCCGAGCGCCUGAAGCUUUCUGAUGAAAACGAACACCUUAAAAACAAGCUAAACAAUCAAGAUAUUGCYCCAAUACAAGUGGCAACAGUUGAGACGGUUGAAAGUGAGUUACCAUUUAAUUUUGAUGAGUAUGAUGGUGCAGUAAGAGAUCGUGACCAAAUGAAACUUGAAAAGGAAAGCGCAGAGAAUAGGCUUCGCCAUUUAGAUGAUGAAAUUCUUCAGCACAAGAAAGAAAAGAGCCAAGUGGAGGAUACACUAGUUGAAGCAAGAAAAGGGAUAUCGCAACUUGAAACUGAAAACAAGAACCUGAAGACGGCUCGAGACAAUGCCAAUUAUGAAAAAGAAAUCGCACACCAGAAGUUUAUAGAGCAGAGGACCGACAAUGAAUCCUUGAAGCAAGAGAAAGAGACACUUCUGCUGGAGUUGAAGGAUCUAAGYCCAAAGGUAUCAGAGCUUGAAGCAAGUAAUGAACAACUACAGAGAAAGAUUGCCAGCUAUGAAAGGCAAUUAGCCAGCUCACGACGUCCUAUAGAAAAGCGUAAAUCAAAACGAGACGAUGGAGACCUGCAAAGGGAUUAUGUUAAUCUUCAGAAGAAGUUAUCAGAGCUACAGAUUUCGUUGAAAUCUGCUGAGGAUCGGGCAUACGAAGCCGAGAAUGACAAAGAUGAAAUGGAAAGAAAGAAUGCCAUUCUAAGAGAAGAUAUGAUUUUCCAUCAGUCCAAAUGCGAGAAAAUGGAYGAGGAUUGUAAGAAAUUUGAAGCGAGAAUCCAGGAACUUGAAGACGAAAUAAAAGAUCUUCUUGAAAAACUGGGAACAUCAUCUGAUUCCGGCAGAUUAGCACUCAGCGAUUCCGAGAAAAUCUCCAGAAUCAACACMCUGGAGAGAAGAAUCGAAUCACUUGAACAACAAAUUACUGAGAGGGAUAGCGAAAUAGAUCGUCUGAAGAGAGAGCUUUAUCUGCAUGCUGGCAAGGGAACUGGUUCGGGUGAACUAGAAAUCCACUUGGCUGAGAUUAAAGACAAGAGCGAGGUCUACCGUAAAGCUGACAAAGCUAAAAUGGAGGUCAUCGAGACACUGAAAGCUGAGAACACAAGCCUAGACAUAGAGCUUCAGGGCCUAAAGAAAGAAGUAGAAAUAGGACGAGAGUCUAUUUCUGAAUACAGGAAGGAAAAUGACGCUCUGCAAGAUGAAGUAGAGGCUCUUUCAGCUGAGAAGAUUGCCAUGGAGAACAAGAUCUACGAGGAAGCCAACAGGUACAAGAUGCAAAUUGCAGACCUACAGAAUGAAAAGGAGAUUCUGAUGAAUAGAGAGCAAAACAUGGAAAAACUGGUAGCCAAGUACGAAAGUCAAAUACAAGAACUCAGAGAAAGACAGGCCAACAUGAUCAACAAUGAAACGGCUUCGACGACAUUGAUCAUGGAAGUUGACGAUAAGCCCAGAAGGAGUUCUCGUCCUCACUCCAUGUAUGUUAGCUAUGCCGAAGGGGAGAGGUUUCUAGACAAUAAUCGUCGUCCUCCAAGGGGAUCAACCGGGGGAGCGAGUGACCAAACCGUWGUUUCCGAUACCACUAGUCGUUCGUCGAGAGGUUCAUCCAGUAAACCAAGUGAUGAAACCGUUGUUUUACAAACCACAACUAACAGCGUAGAAAGCGCUCCUGGUGAUGAUUUUAUGUCCAGUACCAGAAAAGAGGAGCCUUCAAGAAGUUAUGGUCGUAGUACCUACACUUCAAAAUAUCCAAGGGACGAUGACAGAAAAUCAGAGCGAAACAGGACCGAAAGAGACAGCACAAGCGAGAGCAAAAGCCGUGAUCGGGACCGUGAUCGAUCCACAAGAACCUCGAGAGACAAAACGGACAGGAAAGGCAGAGAUGAAUGUAAAAAUCAAUAAGCCCUCAUGAACUUAUUUCUACUUUCUGRCAACAAAGCUAAGAUUUGAACAAUCAAAUCGGAGACGGACACUUUAUCUGCACUUUUCAAUUAUUUCAGUAUGAAUUCACAAGAACUAUAACCCAUGGAAAUCAGAAAAGAAUCCGCUAAAUAGUUUCAAAAGUUAUGAAUCAAAACGUAGGUCACUUAGAUGCUUAUUGAAAUUGCACUCUCAAAUGAUAGUUAAUUUUAAUAGAAGUUAGACUUUUGAAAUUUCAUAUCCAGCUUUUUGCGUUGUUUUGCUGAAAUCUGCACUCACGUUACCAAAAUAAUCGGUCGCAGUCACUUAAACAAAAUAUACGAUCUCUAACACUGGGCAUCUUAUAACCAAGGAACUAUUAUCUAUGAAUGCAUGCUGCUUAUCAACAUUAGCUAAUCUUGGUAUUGAUCUCAGUCAACGGUGGCAUAUUUGUUUAAUAAAGCACUUAUUUACUCAGA